UUUAGUUUAUCUACAGAAAGUGAAAACUAGGGUUUCAGAGAGAAAGAGAGAGAAUCAAUCUCAAGAGAUCAAAGAUGAGUUACGGACAAGAUAGGCUAAGGGGCACCGUCAAGUGGUUCGACACCCAGAAGGGGUUCGGCUUCAUCACUCCCGAGAACGGCGGCGAAGAUCUCUUCGUCCACCAGUCCUCCAUCAGAUCCGAGGGAUUCCGAAGCCUCGCCGCCGACGAAUCCGUCGAGUUCCAGGUCGAGAACGACAACAACGGCCGUGCCAAGGCUGUUGAGGUCUCCGGACCCGACGGCGCUCCCGUCCAAGGCAGCAGCGGCGGUUCUUCCGGCGGAGGCCGUGGAUUCGGAGGCGGUGGAAGAGGCGGAGGUCGCGGAUUCGGCGGCGGGAGAGGCGGUGGUGGACGUGGAGGAAGCGACUGCUACAAGUGCGGUGAGCCGGGUCACAUUGCGAGGGACUGUUCCGAAGGUGGCGGAGGAUACGGAGGAGGAGGGAGAGGUGGCGGCGGUGGUGGAUACGGUGGUGGUGGUGGCGGAGGAAGCUGCUACAGCUGUGGCGAGUCGGGGCAUUUCGCUAGGGAUUGCACUAGCGGUGGACGUUGAAGCCACUGUUCCUUCGUUAUCAGAUCGAGAAGUAUUCUCGCAUCUUAUUAUCUCUUUUUAUUGUUUGUUUUUGCUUAUGAUGGAUCUCUUUCAUUUCUCGGUUUAUUUUCGGUUCACUGGUUUAAUCGCUUGAUGGUUUCGAAUUAGGGGCCUUUAUGGUUAUUUCGUUUUAUGCUAUGUUAUGGUUUUUAUUUA